GCCUCGGCCCCGCCCCGAGCGGCGGCGGCGGCCUGACCCCAGAGCCGUGCCCGGGCCGUCCCCUGGCCGGGCGGUGCGGAGCAGAGCUGGAGGCGCCGAUAUGGCCGCGCCCUGGGGUCUGUCCGCGCCCCUCAGCCCGGCGCAGCUGAAGCGGCUGGAGCAGCACCGCUACAGCGCGGCCGGCCGCUCGCUGCUGGAGCCCUGGCUGCAGCCCUACUGGGCCUGGCUGGUGGAGCAGCUCCCGCUGUGGCUGGCCCCCAACGCCAUCACCCUCGGCGGCCUCCUGCUCAACUGCCUCACGGCGCUGCCGCUCGUCGCCUCCUGCCCCAGCGCCACCGAGCAGGCACCUUUUUGGGCAUACAUCCUGGGUGCGUUAGGACUUUUUAUCUACCAGUCGCUGGAUGCCAUUGAUGGGAAGCAAGCGAGAAGAACAAACAGUAGUUCUCCUCUAGGAGAACUCUUUGAUCAUGGUUGCGACUCUAUUUCCACAGUUUUUGUUGUCCUUGGAUCCUGCAUAGCAAUCCGACUAGGAACAAAUCCUGACUGGUUGUUUUUCUGUUGUUUUGUGGGACUGUUCAUGUUCUAUUCUGCUCACUGGCAGACAUAUGUAUCAGGCAUAUUAAGGUUUGGAAAAGUUGAUGUAACUGAAGUUCAGAUAGCCAUAACGCUGCUGCUUUUGAUAUCAGCGUUUGGUGGAACAGCAAUAUGGGACUAUAAGGGAACAAGUGUUCUUUCACCAGGCGUCCACAUUGGGCUACUUAUCACACUGGCUGUUGUGAUCUAUAAAAAAUCUGCAACCCAGCUGUUUGAAAAACAUCCUUGCCUGUAUGUCUUGACAUUUGGAUUCGUGAAUGCUAAAAUCUCACAGAAGUUAGUGGUGGCUCACAUGACAAAAAGCGAGAUCUGUCUUCAAGACACUGCAUUUAUUGGGCCAGGUCUUCUGUUUUUGGACCAGUACUUCAACAGUUUCAUUGAUGAAUAUAUUGUUCUAUGGAUAGCAUUGUUCAUAUCCUUGUUUGAUAUGCUGAGAUAUGCCACUGGUGUAUGCCUACAGAUCGCUGCUCAUCUUCAUAUACAUGUCUUCAGAAUUUCAUCUCAUCAAGCUCCUGAACAGGUUCAAAACCAUAAUGACUGAUUAAAUAGGUCAAGGAGAAGAAAAACAGUUAGGGGAAUGUUGAAUGAAGCAGCCUCUCUUUUUGAGAAGACAGCUUAAGCUUUUCAAUAAACUAGUGUUGUGAGAAAGCUCAUACUAUCCCAGAUAUUACCAGAUGUUAGAAUUACUAAAUACAAAGUCCUGCAGAUUAUAGUGUGAUUAAUACUUUUGAACCAGGAUCUACUUCCCCCUAUGUUCUAGAUCCUGCAGCUGUUAUUUUAACCCAUGAGUACCACAAUCGAAACCUUUGUUUCCAGUUAGGUAACCUUAAUUCUGUUCUGGUCUGGGGAACGUAAACUGCAAACCAUGGUGCUACCAACCAGAAUUCUAAGAGGAGUUUCACUUUUUCUUAGACCAAGUGACUAAUCUAGCAUUAGUUUCUAAAGUCUUCUACUGUGAAGUGGUAGUCAGAGGCAUCAAUGAAUACAGUACUGCAUUGUCAAGGCUGGUAAAAUGAGGCAUCCAUGAGGUAAAACUAGUAAGGUUUUGGUAUUAGGAUGAAGAAGUAUGGAACAGGAAAAUUAUCCUCUACUCCAAAAUACCGUUGUGAGUGCCUAUAGGAUUCAUGCAUUCUCUGGUAUCUAAGUAUAUAACCUACUGUUACUAAACACAGUUGUAGCUUGGAUAUUUUUUUUCUGAGCGCAGUUUCUGGUUUUGUGGCCAUAAUAAGGUUUGCCUCCUUGUGCUCCAUUAUCUAGACUGUAGUAGCUGGGUACUGUGAGGACACUAGCUUUACCCACCCUAAUUUGUGUCUGUGAAACCGCACAAGUUGAAUGACUCAGUUCUUUGACAAACUUUAGUGACUGUUUAACUGUGACAAUGCAACCCACCCAAAUGUGACAGUGCAACCCACCUAUGUAUAAUUAAUUCCCUCUGAAAUAUGUUUGCUAUUGCUGUAUUAAUAUAUCUUGUAACUACCACUGUACUUUAUCCAAACAAAACUGCAAGGAACUAAAAUCUAAUGCAGAGUAAAACUCUCCAAAAGAGAAAGUCAGGCAUAGUAUCAGUCUUUCUUCUUUUCAUCAGCAAAAAGCUGAAUAAAAAUAGCUUAUUGUCUGUGCUAGCAAAUCACUGCACACAAAUGCAGCUUAAGCUCAAGCUCCUUUAAAGAGGUAAUAUGUGAAUAUUAUUUUUGUAAAAAAGCUGUUGAAUGUAAGUGUUCGUUACCACUUUUAUUUGCUGCCAUGUAGCUGAGCUGUAAGUUCAUAAAGACCUUCCUGAACUGUACAAUAAAGAAUGCUAUAAUUUGUUUUAAAAAUAUUACUGCUGCAGCUUCCUAGCUGCUACAUAUUAAUCCAAAAAGACUGCCUGAGGUGUUCAAAGAAAUUCAAAAGGGGGGAAAAAUACUGUACAUUUCUGUCUAAGAAGGAAAUACUGAUAUACUGGAGGGAUAGUUGUACAAGUUAUGCCAAAGAAGCAGCAUGCCAAUUAAAUACAGAUUAGGAGUUCAGUCCUUUCCAGAUGAGCCCUACUGUUUCUGUUCAAGGCUGGGAAAGAUACAGCAUCUACACCUGAACUUAACCUAAAUACAGGUCAUGGCUAAAUAAAAGGGAAAACGGUGAAGACCACUUCACUUUGUCUGAAUGCUGUAAAAAAGAAGUUAAUCACCAAUCACCUGAUAAAAGCACAUGCAUAGGCAACUUUUUAGAAUGAGGAGGUUUAGUUCCCCUGAAACCUCAAAAAUGUAGUGUAGUAGUAGGUGUAAGUGCUUAUAAAGAUAUGGCAGAGCUAAAUAAAUGGUAGGUAACUACUGCAGAAAUCAGAAAAAAGAAUUAAUAGUGACAAAUAACCUAGUACUGAAGAUUGGAAGCAAAAACUGUUAACUGUAUUUUGUGACAUCAUCUAGUCAUCCUUAAAUACUGAACCUGAGCACCACAGCUCAAAUUAGCAUUGGUAGUUACCUGAUUCCCACCACAGGCCCAUACUACCUCAUACAUCAUUCUAGCAAUAUAACUUCUGUGUUUGCUCUACCUCUGAGUCCUGUGAGACACAGAACAAAACAGCUCCAUACAGGCUACUUGCUCAACUUCAGUUGCAAGCUAAUAGCUAACUAACAGAAAAUUUAGCUAUCCCUAAUCUGGCUCCCAGAACCUAUGAACUGUCAUCAGAUAACUGGAUUCUGCAGUAAAAACGCUAGUAAGCUGGGGAGAAGAAGCUGUAUGGACUGGUUUGGAAAUACAUUGUUAUAAAAUCAUCACAUUUGCAUGUAUUGGUGGCUUCUGUGUUAUCUAUUAUUAUAUUCAGUCUAACAACUAAGUAUUUUAGGAACUACCUAAUUUGUAAAAGCAGAUAUUUGGACAUAAUGGCUUGCUAUAAAAACAAACUGCACACAGGCUACUCUGGCUGUUUAAUUUAUACUGAUUGUAAUGAGAUACAUGAAAGAUAAAUGCUUUAUCCUUAAAUCAGGCCUCCCUGAACUAUUAGUCAUUUGAAAUUGCAAAAAUUAAUAUUCCAUCUCAAGCCUUUUAAUAGCUUGUACCAAAUAAAUGAACUAGAUUACUUUAGCAGUGGUCUACAAGAAAUGCAUAGCAAUGUUUAAUUAUGUUUACUUUAGCAGAGUCAUGUAAAGCUGUAGCAUUAAGCUCAUUGUUCAACUAAAGAAACCUACAUUUGGACAAAUAACAGCAGUUCAUAAAUCUUAUUGGUACAAAGAUACUGCAAUGCCUGUACCAAUAAAAGGCCUAACAAUUUAAUUUACUAUAAUACACGUCAUUAAACAAUCUUACAUGAGCUAUGUCUAUGAACUUUUAUAUCUGCUGACAGCUCAGGAGGCUAGAUGUUGAAACAACAAAAGUCUAAUCUGUAGCUUUUGAAAAAGGCUUCUAUUUGCAAUGCACAUAAAUGUCUAAACUUAUCAUAUACAAUUUAGGGAACGCAUUUUUCAUCAAUUCUACCUGUCUGAAUUUGGCAUUAUAGAAAGUGAAACAAUGCAAACAGUCCAAUGCCAUUGAAAGCGAAUAUUAAGUAGUUAAAGAUUAAUUGGACAGACAGGAAUUGGUUCAGGGUUUGCUACCUCUUCCUCCCCCCGCAAAGUAAUAAAUUUGCUAAUAUGCCUUCUCACAAAAUUAUCAGACACAAGGUUAGAACAAUCCACUAAAUCAUUUAAUAGGAACUUUAAAACAUUUAAAUCAUCUUAAGGUAACUUCUCUAUGGUUAAUGCCUAUACUUGUAUCGUGUUACUUAGGUACAAGUUGUUUCUCCAUUGAGCCAUCAGAAUAACAUGGACUGAAGAGACUUGCGAACAGUUGCCAUCUCUUGCUGUUGCUGUUACAAGAAAAGGAGAUAAUACUGAACAAAUGCCAAACCAAUGAUUCCUUAAUCUAAUUAAAUGAAUGUCAAACGAC